AUGAAAUUUGUGUUUGGUGAAAAUGGAGGUGUAGAACAAGCUGUGUAUAAUCAAAUUGAGACUCAAAUAGUGCUUCCUCUUUUGGAAUAUCUCACACUACAAAGACUCCCAAAUCUUGUGGGAAUUUGCUCAGAAAACUACCAUCUCAGGUUCCCAUCUAUGAAGAAAAUAGACCAGAAGAAUUGUCCAAAUAUGGAACUUACGGGCCAUCAAUUGAGGAAUGAGAAAGAAUACAAGCCAUUGGCAGCUAUCCAAAAGAUUGAACGUCGUAACUAUGGAUUAGAGUCCAUUUUCCACUAUCAAACUAGGGUUGAAGAACAAAUUCCAACAUUUCAAUACCUUAAAAAAUUAACUUUGCAAAAAUGUUCAAGAUUGAAAUUUUUCUUCUUUGCUCAUCUCUGUCCAAGUCUUCCAGAAUUAACUUCUGUAACCAUAUUUGAUUUUGAGGAGUUGGAAUCAAUUUUUUCAAGGAAUGAAGGAAUUGAGAAUAAUCUAUCCACAACUGAAACCUAUCUGCCAAAAUUGGAGAAAUUGGAAAUCAAAAAGUGCAACAAGUUGAAAUUCAUUUUAUCUUUCACUAUUAACAAUGCUGCGACCACAAUACUUCCACAGCUACGAGCUCUAACUAUAUCAGAUUCUUUUCAGCUGGAAGAAAUUUUUAGAUGCUCUAGUAUUGAAGAUCAUGACAUUGACCGUGAAAGGGAGAUUGUGUUCCCAAACUUGAACUAUAUAACACUUGACAAGCUUCCAAGACUUGUUAAUUCCUACCAUGGGUUUAAGUUGCACCCAGGGUUUUGCAGUGUGUAUGUUCGUAAAUGCCUAAAAUUCAUGCCAAUGAUAAGUGCAGCCAUUGAUUGGACAGAAGAGGGGCUUGUAAGAAAGUAUGUGUUGAAAACAAGCCAAUUAAAUAGAAAUGAAGCUCUCAAUCUAUCACCCACUAUUCUAAAUGUUGGAGAAGUUGAUAUUCAAAGUUCUAGAGUUGAUCAUGAGUUUCAAGUCAUGGGUGAUGACAACCAAGAAGAAACCAUGGGCUUAGAAUGUUUGAGAUCUGAACAACAAAUGCUUGGAGGUCAUGUUCCGACACAAGUUUUGAGCUUCCAAUAUCUGCAUUCCUUAGAAAUGAUUCAAUGCAAAAAGUCGAAGUUUUUAUUCUCAAUGAGCACCAUUGUUGAUAACAGCCUUCCCAAAUUGAGUUCCCUAACCUUAUCUGAUUGUGAGGAUUUGGAGGUGAUUUUUGGAUAUGUUGCAGUUCCCCAAGCUUCGACAAAAAAUUCAGAUUUACAAACUAUAGCAGAUGUAGAAAAACAAUUAUAUCAGAAUGAAGAAAAAGGGAUAGUCUUGAUGAUCUCAAGAGAAGAAAGAUUGAGUUUGAGGGAUUCAGGUAACUUCUUGUGUGUAUGGGAGGGUCCCACUCUCAUUAGCUUCCAAAAUCUUUCAGAGUUACAUGUGAAUGGAAGCAAGAAAUUGAAGUGUAUCUUCCCCAGCACUGUCAUCAAAAGCCUACCAUGUUUGUGGCAUCUAUACAUUGAUGAAUGUGAAGAGUUGGAGGAAAUAAUGUCAUCAGAGCCUCACUUUCCAAAUGCUUCCUCUUCUUCCUUCUGCUUCCCACUACUUCAUUGGCUUUAUGCCAUUAAAUGCAGAAAGUUGAAGUGGCUCUUCCCCUCUCUGCCCUCUACUCAACAUCUUCGACAGUUGGAAACUCUGAUAAUAAAAGAGUGCUUUCAGGUAGAGAGACUUUUUAAUUGUGAAGUUGAAAUCCAAGAGGAAGGGUUCUACAAAAACCAACUUUCAAAGCUGCAAUUUCUUGAAGUUGCGGAUUGCCCCAUGUUCUCUGAAACCACACUCGCUGCUCUUCAAAGCACUGCCUCUAAGCACUACUACAAGAAGUACGCAUAUUGA